GUCAUAGACGCCUUGGCGCUUUCUUCUUUAGCAUGUUUUGUGCCAAAAUAUAAUCGAUGUCAGUACGUUCUUAAAAAUUUACUACGUUUUCUAAACAACAGCAGGUCUGACCUAGCAGUUCUAUAAUUCUCUCGUCUUCAUGUGCUUUCUAUAAAUAUUCGCUAAGAUCGUCUGUUGAUUUUAAUACAUAUAAACGGUCUAAAAAUUAUUGAAUCAUGGUGAAGGAAAUGGUCGGUGGUUGUUGUGUAUGUUCGGAUGAACGAGGAUGGGACGAAAAUCCACUGGUGUAUUGCGACGGACAUGGAUGUAAUGUCGCGGUACAUCAAGCUUGUUAUGGAAUUGUACAAGUGCCAAAAGGGCCCUGGUUCUGUCGAAAAUGUGAAUCUCAAGAGAGAAUUGCUCGAGUGAAAUGUGAACUGUGUCCCAUGAAAGAAGGAGCUUUGAAACGAACUGACACUGGAGGCUGGGCUCAUGUACUCUGUGCUCUGUAUAUUCCUGAAGUGAGAUUUGGCAAUGUUAGCACAAUGGAACCUAUUAUACUGUCAUCUGUACCCCAUGAAAAGUUUCAAAAGACAUGCUAUUUGUGUGAAGAACAUGGUCGGGAAAGCAAGACGUCUGGUGGUGCUUGUAUGCAAUGUAAUAAGAUUGGUUGUCGGCAAGCAUUUCAUGUCACAUGUGCCCAGGCUGCUAAACUUCUAUGCGAAGAACAACAGGGUGUAUCUGCGAACACUGUCAAAUAUGUUGGGUAUUGUUCUUAUCAUUGGAAUAAGAAGGGCAAGGGCGUGGUGAUCCCUCGACCGAACGAAAGGGCAAGGUCGAAAGCCGAAGCAAGAAGCCAAAUUCAUAAGCCGGAUAUUAGUAAACGGCCCUCAGUGAUCGGUACCACGAAGCCAUCGGAAUCCAUCUCGCCACCGAUUCCAACAAAACCGAAAAACAGAAAACCGUCAUCCAAGUCAUCGGAUACCAACAUUCCAGAGCCGUUGUCAGCCACGGACAAUCCACUUUUGCCGGGCUCCCAACACCUCAUGAAGACUCAAAAAAUCACAUCGCCGUUGAACACUCCAUCAGUCCGCGAUCAGCUUCUUUCCAACUACCCGAGCGUCGUUUCGACCCAUUUUCCUUUUCAGCCCACCAUUCCAAAACCUGAUACGGGUGUCGGUCUUCAAGCACCGAGGAAUGGAAUGCCAAAUCCUGUGUUACCCCAAGUUAGCGUGCCCGUCACGGCAUCUUCCAAGGAAAUCUGGAAGUCGCCUUCUGCACCAUCGACCGCGAAGAAAACUUCGAAAAACGAAGAAACGGCGAACAGCACCAAGACUGUGUCUAGCGCCGAAGCGAAGGCCAGUGGCAAGAGCAGUUCUAGCAUACAAAAGAAACGAAAGUACAACAAGGCCGGCAGUACGGAAGAAGAUGGAAAGAAAAAACAAAAGACCACCACCAGCCACGAGAAGAAAAGUUCACAUUCCCUCGGUGCCGUAGGAAAAGGGAAGAUGCCGAUAUUACCUCCCUCUCCAUUCACCCCAAAGUCCAGAUCGAGUGAGAGUAUUCGUGAAAUGGAAAUCCCUACGAAGUUGGAGGAUUUUCUCGAAUUCCAAUGGAAGCAAGGAGUGGAGUUUCUUAGUCACCAAACUGGAUACUUAGAUGUUGCCUCGCUGUUGUCCUGUCUCCACCAACUAAAACACGACAACGUCAAGUUGGAAACACGGCUAUCCGAACUCGUGAAACGUCGUGAUCAUUUGUUGUUGGUGAAUUCCCGCCUGUCCAAACCUUCAAACCUUCCUGCAACGAAUUCUCAUUCCUCAACUCAAGAUGUAAAAAGAAGUGAUAUCGCUUCACCGAACGUCGAAAAUGGGAAGAAUACCACCAGUUCGGAAAGAACUAACCAACCUUCGUUUGGCAAAUCCCCUUCUGAGAGCUUCCCUCCCGAGGUGGACAUGUUGACGAAAACAGGACAGGAAUCGCAACCGAAAAAGCAACAAGAUCCAAAGAGUCAAGCACAAACGAAAGAACAAUCGACGACGAAGAAGGAGCAACCGCAACGUCAACGGCCGCAUUCAGAAGUCCAACAACCGCAAACAGGAAAGGAGAUCUCGCAGCAGACACUCGAGAAGAAAAGCCCUGUCAAAGGAGACACGCCGCCAAACGUCGACGAGAGGAUAAGAGAAGCGGCAUCGAGCCCACCACGAGGGAACAAAACUACAACAGAAGGAAAGGCGUCGGCCGUCUCGCUAUCCAGCAUCGCUGGAGAACGUCCUUCUAGCCGACAGUCACCAAAGAGUCGGAAAUCGCCUCAAGCCGGUGGAAGCAAGAAUACAAAAAUGAAGGCUCAAGAACAACUCAUGCAACAGGAACAUCAGAAAAUAUUACAGCAACAGCAUCAACAGUUAAAGCAACAACAAUUGAACCGACAAAAAUUUCCGCAAUCUCAUUUAUUACCGGUUCAGCAAGGCAACCAGCACUUCCCGCAUCAAAAUUCUCAACUUGCAUUUUUUAAACUCCCGGGUUACAAUGGCUCAGAGCAGCAUCCGAUGCACCAGGCGAAACAAGGACAGGUUUCGAUGAACGGCAGCCCACAGCAAUACAACAGUCAAGCAAUUCCUAGGCAAUUUCCUAAUUUUGUCCCGUACAUCGAACCUGGCAGUAUGCACAAUGUUCGCAUGCAGGGAUAUAUGCCUGUUUAUCCUGUGGAGAAACCGCUAAACAAAGUGAUGGAGGAGAAGAUUGAGAGCUCUUCAGGAAUGGAAAAGUCAGAAAGGAGAAAUUAACGUAACAAAUUUUCGUACAGUACAUUUUAAGGUUUUACCUCUCCUAUGACAUGUUGCAUUCAAACUAGUCAGUACCGAUGUGGUCUAAUACAAGAUCAACGUACUUUUAAAAGUAAUCUUGAACGCGAAGCAUGCAUGCUUGGAUGUUCACCCCGCUAAAAAUACAUUUACUUCUAGCUUUGCGGUUCGUUAAAGAGCAUGCGCCUGCUUAACGUAUUUACCGCGGUUAUCAUUGGCGUUGCCUGAACAAUUCGGGAAAAUUUAAAUGUAGUUAUAGCUCAUAUACAGCAAGAAAAUACAAAUAAACCAUAGCGUAUUGCUCAUCGAGUAAAAGCAAUAUUUUUUUAAAACAGCGACGAGUUUUAAAAUGUAUUUUGUAAUGAAGUAUUGCGAUUCACAAAUACUGAAAUACAUGCAGUAAUGUUUUACCUUUUUAAACUAAGUAGGGGAAAUGACUCCAGGUCAAAGAACUCUAUAAUUGGUCAUUGUUAAAGAAUUAUUUUACGAUUUGUGUUAGCGAUCCUGCAUGUACAUCGAGUACUUAAUAAAACGUACGAAGGAGCCAAGCAUAUGGUUAUCUGUCUUUCUGUGUAUUCUGACCAAAGUG